AAACAGGAAGUGAUCUGGGGGAAAGUGCUGCCGGGAUUUUUUUUUUUUUUUUUUUUUAAAACACAGGUGACUAGCGCGCUAGCUAAUGGAGUCCGUGGCCAGAAUUAAACACAAGGGGCCUUAGCAUCCCAAUAAUAUCAACUUUACAUAUGAGAUGGACGACAUCAAUUUACACUACAGGAUCCUCAACUGGAGGCGCAGGAUCCGAGAAAUAAGGGAAGUGCGGGCCGUGCGCUACCAGGAGCGCUACAAACGAAUGCUGAAGGACGGAGACACUUUGAGUUACCAAGGGAACUCUGACGAAGUUGGCUGCUAUGUGGCUCCUCGACCUUUAUCGAAAGGAAACUGUUACUUUGAGGUGACUAUAAUGGACACGGGCGUGAGAGGGACGAUUGCUGUGGGUCUGGUUCCUCAGUUCUACAAACUCGAUCAUCAGCCCGGCUGGCUGCCUCACUCUAUCGCGUACCACGCAGACGAUGGGAAACUGUAUAAUGGAAACCCGGUCGGCCAGCAGUUCGGCCCCAAGUGCAACCGCGGCGAUCGGAUCGGCUGCGGGAUCUACGCAGACACGCUGGACGCCGGACUCACCACCGUGUUUUUCACCAAGAAUGGCAAGGAGGUGGGCACGGUGGUGGUUCCCGUGGCUCCGGGUGGCCUUUUCCCUGCAGUCGGCAUGCACUCUCUGGGCGAGGAGGUGCGUCUGAAUCUGCAGGCCGAGUGGGGCAGCGAGGAGGAGGACAGCAUCAUGAUGGUGGACAGCCACGAGGACGAAUGGGGACGUCUGUACGAUGUCAAAGUCAGCGGCACGCUGCUGGAGUACACAGGAAAGGGAAAGAGCAUCGUGGAUGUAGGACUGGCUCAGGCUCGCCAGCCGCUCUGCACACGGAGCCACUACUUCGAAGUGGAGAUUGUGGACCCUGGAGAGAAAUGCUACAUCGCUUUGGGUCUUGCUCGGAGGGAUUACCCGAAGAACAGACAUCCAGGCUGGAGCCGAGGCUCAGUAGCGUAUCAUGCAGAUGAUGGAAAGAUUUUCCAUGGCAGUGGAGUCGGAGAUCCAUUCGGCCCACGUUGCUUCGAAGGCGACAUCAUGGGCUGUGGAAUCAUGUUCCCUAGGGAUUACGAAGAUGAGGUCGAUGACGGAGAGGACGUAGGCGAGAAUCCCAAACAAAACCAUGUUCAGAACGUUCUGUACCUAAACGAUGAAGACGAGGAGGAAGAGGGGGAUGAUGCAGAGCAGGAGCAGGAGCAGGAAGGCAGGAAGGUUAUGGUGUUCUUUACCCGCAACGGGAAGAUCAUCGGGAGGAGAGAGGUGGUGGUGCCGGCCGGAGGGUUCUACCCCACCGUAGGCAUGCUGAGCAGCGGAGAGAAGGUGAAGGUGGAUCUCCACCCUCUCAGCGGAUGAUGACGGAGCGCUCCAACGCUGUAUCAAUCCGGCCGCGAGCUUCAUGAACGGUUCGAAAAGGGAAUCAGGGAAUGUUAAUUCUGCAAAAUAAUAUAAUGUUUUGUUUAUUCA